CUUCAGCCUCUAGCAAAGAACACCAAACCAACCAUAGUCCAAGGACAAACAUCUCUUGAUCACAGUGAUGUGGCUCACCUUUCUGUGUGCAGUGUGCCUGCUGCCUGGCAGCCUGGCCCUGCCGCUGCCCAAGGAAGCAGGGGGCAUGAAUGAGGAGCAGUGGAAACAAGCUCAGGACUAUCUCAAGAGAUUUUAUCCCUAUGACUCAAAAUCAAAGGAUAUGAAUAGUUUAGAGGUUAAACUCAAGAUGAUGCAAAAGUUCUUUGGCCUGCCUGUAACUGGAAUCUUAAACUCUCGCAUCAUAAUCAUAAUGCGGAGGCCCAGAUGUGGAAUUCCCGAUGUUCCUGAAAACCCCCAAGGCCCAAAAUGGACUUCCAGUGUAGUCACCUACAGGAUCGCAUCAUAUACUCGAGACUUACCACGUUUCCAAGUAGAUCAAAUAGUGGCAAAGGCUUUUCAAAUGUGGGGCAAAGUGAUCCCACUGAAUUUCAGGAAAGUUGAAAGAGGAAUUGCUGAUAUCAUUUUACGCUUUGCAGUAGGAGUUCAUGGAGACCCUUACCCAUUUGAUGGACCAGGAAACACACUGGCUCAUGCUUUUUUUCCUGGACCAGGCCUAGGGGGAGAUGCUCACUUUGAUGAUGAUGAAACAUGGACUGAUGGUAGAGGUAGAGGAAUCAACUUCUUGUAUACUGCAACUCAUGAACUUGGCCAUUCUUUGGGUCUGCCUCAUUCCUCUAAUCCUAAGUCUGUGAUGUAUCCAACCUAUAUGAAUGAAAAUUCCGAAGAUUUCCAACUUUCAUGGGAUGAUAUUAGAAGCAUUCAGAAACUAUACGGAAAGAGAACUAAUUCAAGAAAGACAUAGAAACUUCAGGGAGAACAUUCAUUCAUUCCUUGGAUUCCAUAACAUUGUUGCCCAGCCAGAAAUAGUAAGCACUGUUCCUGUACGCCAUCUUGUACCUCCUCCGUUCUUUCCUGUAUUGUGGUUGGUUUUCACGCAUCGCCUUCUCUCUCUGUGGAUAAGCUCCUGUGUGGAUGACAGUGUCUUACUCACCUACGACUCUUCUCAAACAACUUGAAGUUGGCAGUAGGCAACAAAUGUUAUAUGCAUAAAUAAAUAAAAUUUGUAUUCCGUGGUGAAGUUAUUUAUA